AUGUUUUCUUUCACUCUCAUAUUUAUUCACUUCGUUUUGAUAACUUCAGGGACGGUCUGCAAUCAGGUAUCUCUAGUGUAAUAUCAGGUAACAAUUUUUUUAUUAAGCACACUAGUUAUGAAUGCAAUUGUACGUCUUGUCAUCGUAUCUUCGAAGAUCAAGAGAAUUCGGUCACUGUGGAAUUCGAAGAAUGCAACAACGCCUCGGGUUUGAAUUUGGAUAAAAUCAGAGAAAAGAUUGGAAAUUGGGUGAGAGAAGAGUGUGCUUUCAUACUGAGAUGUAAAAAAGCAAGUAGAAACAUUGAUGUGGACAACGUACUUAUCACAGAUUUUGUUUGUUUGGAAGGAAUGGAGAGCAGAAUCAGUUUUCUUGUACGAUGGAAUGCCAGUGGAGAUGCUCUCGAUAGUAAGAUUUAAAUGAUGACAUAAUUUUUUAAUGUUAUUUUUUUUCUGGGGAAAAGACAACACGUUUCUCCACGCGGCCUGAUCGAAUUCUGAGUGAAAGUACUAUAAGUUCGGGAUAUUUGUGACUUCAAUGUGGAAAACUGAAAUUUAGAUUCAUUCAAUAUUUUUGAUUACCUUUAUUUUCUUACGUUCAAAUGGGAAUUAAGUUAUUGGUAAGGGUUUCUGUUGAGGAGAUUAUUGCUCAUCAGGUACUCGGAUUCCAAAUGGAGGUGAGGGCGCUGGGAGGUUUUGAUUUGAGUAUUGACUAUCAGGGAUAUGCUGGCAUGCGAAGGGAGACUGAAUAUGAACUGACUGAAUAUGAAGGACCGAAUAUGAAGGACUGAAUAUGAACUGACUGAAUAUGAACUGGGGUGCUGACUGAAUAUGAAGGACCGAAUAUGAACUGACUGAAUAUGAAACCCGGGUUUCUGUUACUGUUACUACCUAGGUUCCGAUUAAGGACUCUUUUUAAAAUUUGUUCGACUUAUGACACCUUUAGACGUUAAUGGUGUUGUUUUGGUGCCUAGUACUGCUUAAAAAGAAACUUUUUUAACACUUGGUGCUAAAUAGUACUACCUGGUACUAUUUAGUACGAGGUGAAAAUUUGGCUGGUAAUGGUGUUGGUUUGGUGCUUAGUACAGCCCAAAAACACAUUUUUAGCACCUGGUACUAUAUAGUACCAAUUGGUACUACUUAGUACGAGGUGAAAAUUUGGCUGGUAAUGGUGUUGGUUUGGUGCUUAGUACAGCCCAAAAACACAUUUAUAGCACUUGGUACUAUAUAGUCCCAAUUGGUACUAUUUAGUACGAGGUGAAAAUUUGGGCGUAAGGCGGUAAUGGUGUUGGUUUGGUGCUUAGUACAGCCCAAAAACACAUUUAUAGCACUUGGUACUAUAUAGUCCUUGAAAUAGACCAAAUUUGCCAAAUUUCAUAUUCAGUCAGCUCCACAGUUCAUAUUCAGUCAGUUCAUAUUCAGUCCUUUUCAUAUUCAGUCCUUCAUAUUUAGUCCUUCAUAUCCAGUCAGUUCAUAUUCAGUCAGGCACCCGCUGGCAUGACCGGCUGGCUCCUGGGGUGAAGGACUUGGCUGACUUGAUAGAAUUGCUUGAAGAUCUGCAGCUUGAUGGACCUGCACUUCCUUCAGAUUGUCGAAUUAGAGGGGAAGCAGGUACUACAGAAUCUGAUGGGGUAUAGCUUCUAGGGCAGACUGGGAUGUAUAUGUUGUUUCCUGACUUUUUUGAUCUGGAUCCUGCCCUGUCUGAAUUUGAGAGUCUCCAUAUUCACGGGUGUUUCCUGCGUUUUCCUAACUUUGACCAUCUUCAGGGAGUUGGGUUUGUGAAUUUUCUUGAUUAAGACGGUUUUGCUUGUUGAUUCUGACCACUGGUUUGUGCACUGCUUUCGUUCUGAGAAUCUGAUGAAGGUGUAGUUUGAGCGCCCCGUUAGGACCUUCUUCUCCAUCUACUUUUUGAGUAGCUUUACUCAUGUGACUUUAGACGUCUCCAUUGUCGGUCUUCUCACUCUCGUUUUCCUGGCGUUCGUUUGCCAAGGCUUGGAAAUGUGAUCGUCAUCAGCAUUUUCGUCCCGUGUAUGGUCUCCGUCUUUAUCGCUUACUUCUGGCUUUUCUAUUUAAUUUGUCAUCUAAACCGUUUCAUGGAGGUUGUAUUUGGUUUAACCCCUUCGACAGACGGAUCUUGGCUAUCAUGGGAUGGCGGCAUUUCAGCCGUGUUGAUUGGACUCUCUGUCUCCGUUGAAUAUUUGGGAAGCCCCGGUUGGACCAGUUUCUCGAUUAGGCCCACGUCAUUCAGCUCCCUGGUCGUUAUGAGUCUGGGUUUUGCGUUCUCCUCCGUCUCCUCUUCUUCCUUGGAAUUUUGUAACACAAAACUCUCACUGGGCACAAUGCUUGGUAAUGUUGUAGAACUACUUUGACUAGGCAGGGUUAUAGUAUCCACGGGAUCAUUCUGGCUUUCUUGGCUUUGUCCGAAUCAUUCGAUCCAAUGAAGUUUGGUCAGGGUCGACUGGACCUAAAAUAGGCUGCUCAUCAGCAAAAUAAAGGAUGCCGUCCACCUUAUAUGUACUGUGUGUGUCACUUUGAUUAUAAAAAAAUUUUUUUUAUUAUUCAAGGGCAUGUUGAUUGCUAUGAAUGCAUGCCAGGUAACUGCAGAAAUGCCCUUUAGGGUUAAUGGUUUCGUAUAUUCCCAUAACGAUCCCGAUUAUCCCUGUUUUCGUGCGACGCAGGGAUAUGGUCGUAAAUAGUAAAUAGACCGGGAGUUUAGUAUAAUUUGGAGACCGGAAAGGGGCAGGCAGGUGGCUGAAUAAGCAGGAGGUUGCAUUUAAUGAUUAAACUUGCUUUUAAUAUUUACAACAAACAAUCCUGUUUCAGAGAGUAAUUGUUUCCCGCGGGAGACUCUGGUGGAGGUGAUCCUGGCUCGAGAACAUCUUCUAGCCACGCUGCUGGACUCCACCCUUCUCCAAGUCGUUCCAUCGACCGUUCAGCCGCGAAUUAAGUCGACGACAACCUGGAAACAAAUAAUAAUAAUUGCCCUGAUCUCCGCUUUAUUCUCUUUUCUUUUCGCCGGGAUAAUUGCGUUUUGCGUAGCUUUAAAUGUCAUCGGAUUCCAGCGAUUCUUUGGAUGGUUGUGUCCAAUAAAAAGCAAAUCCAAGGAGUUGCAAGAACUCAGUGAAUUGAGCCGUCGAAACCAGCAACUCGAAUUGGCUGAGUGGGAUUGA